AUCUUGGCUAUGGGCGGAAGUUUCCUUCGAGACUCAGUGAGGGGAAGUGGUUGUCGCCCCCAGCCGGGCGGCGUCAUCCUAGUUUGAGGAUAGGGAAUUUAAGCGUGGGAACGGGCGGUGUUCCAAAGAAGCAAGGGCCGGCAGCCCAAGGCACGGACCAUCCUGGCGCACGUUGGGUGCGGCGGUGCCUCCGCGUCUCAGCCGCUUGCCGGCUCCCGUAACCCCGGGCGCCCGUUGGUGGCGCAGCCGGCGCCGAUUCUCGAAAGGCUCCACGCCGGGCGCGGCGCCGGGCUGCGGAGCCAGGGCGGGCCUCUGCGCAAUUUGCGUAGCGAACGAUGCCCGCGCAGGCGCAGGAGGGGGCGGAGCAGCGGGAGCCGGGGAGCUGGAGCCCCGGGUCCCGGCGACCGGAGCCCGCUCCCCCAGCCGCGGCCUGAGGAUUGGGCAUCGGCCUUUCCUGCCCCCCGAGGGCUGGAGGGUGGAGGCGGUGGGCGGGGGAGAACGGCUGGAUUCUCAAGGACAGAGAAAGAAGCCCCCAUACGGAUUAUUGGAGGAGAGAGAGCCCCCAAGCUUGGGGAUGGGGAGAGCCGGGCGUUGGGCGCCCCCGCAGCGAUCGCUGCUCUAAGCUGACCGGUAUCGGCCGGCUCUCCCCCUCCUGCCAGGCCGACUUGAGCGACCAGAGCCAGGGACUCCUCUCCUUCAGCCUCUGUAUCCCCGCAUCCCCCUGGCUCUGAGGCCAGCCCAGGGAGAGACACCCCAACCCCCCACCUCCUUUGCCCAGGAGAGGACUGCCCUUCCACAUCCCAGAGCCAGGGGCCCAGGUUGCCUGUGUCUCCCAAGGCAAGGGUCUUUCUGUUGAGGAGGAAGGCCCUGGCCAGCCACAACUUCUAUCCUUUUGAGUUCCCAUCUCUGUCACUGCACCCUCCGUAUUUAUUUCCCUGCCCCCUUGCCAGUCCUCCAUCUCUUUCUCUGGGAUUCAGGCCUCCUUCCCUGACAUGGAGAGUAACCUGUCUGGCCUGGUACCUGCUGCCGGGCUGGUUCCUGCCCUGCCGCCUACUGUGACCCUGGGGCUGACCGCGGCCUACACUACCCUGUAUGCCCUGCUCUUCUUCUCUGUCUAUGCCCAGCUCUGGCUGGUGCUUCUGUAUGGGCACAAGCGUCUCAGCUAUCAGACGGUGUUCCUGGCACUCUGUCUUCUCUGGGCCGCCCUACGUACUACCCUCUUCUCCUUCUACUUCCGUGACACUCCCCGAGCCAAUCGCCUGGGGCCCUUGCCCUUUUGGCUUCUCUACUGCUGUCCUGUCUGCCUGCAGUUCUUCACACUGACGCUCAUGAACCUCUACUUUGCCCAGGUGGUGUUCAAGGCCAAGGCGAAGCGUCGGCCAGAGAUGAGCCGAGGCUUGCUGGCCGUCCGAGGAGCUUUCGUGGGGGCCUCGCUGCUCUUUCUGUUGGUGAACGUGCUGUGUGCAGUGCUGUCCCGCCGGCGACGGGCACAGCCCUGGGCCCUGCUGCUGGUGCGCGUCCUGGGGACCAGUGUGUGCCAGGCGGCUGCAAUGGGUGGCGCCAUGGUCCUGCUGUAUGCCAGCCGGGCCUGCUACAACCUGGCAGCCCUGGCCUUGGCGCCCCGGAGCCGGCUGGAUGCCUUCGAUUACGACUGGUACAAUGUUUCUGAUCAGGCGGAUCUGGUAAAUGACCUGGGGAACAAGGGCUACCUGGUGUUUGGCCUCAUCCUCUUCGUGUGGGAGCUCCUGCCCACCACCCUGCUAGUGGGCUUCUUCCGUGUGCAUCGGCCCCCGCAGGACCUGAGCACCAGCCGCAUCCUCAAUGGGCAGGUCUUUGGCUCCCGUUCCUACUUCUUCGACCGAGCUGGGCACUGUGAGGACGAGGCCUGCUCCUGGGAGCAUAGCCGGGGGGAGAGCACCAGGUGCCAGGACCAGGUGGCCAUCACCACAGUCUCUACUCGACCCCACAGACGUGACCCCCCCUUGUGCUCCCCCCCAGAGCACUCAGACCCCAGUCCCCCUCACCUCAGACCCCUGUGCCACGUUUAUCUGCCGCUUCUUGCCCAGGAUCCCGGGGGCCAUGACAGGCACCCCCUCUGGCCGGCUCCUUGCUGCUCCUGUCGUAGUGAGCUAGUGCCAUUGCCCCUAGGAUGGGAGGGCACGGCCCUAGCUGCCAGAUGCCUACAGCACCCUGGCAUGACCUGCCACCUCCGCUUCCACAUUGGAGCCAGCUACCUCUCCUGUGCCUGCCACUCAAUAAAGUGUCUGUGCCCCUCUUCCGUUCACCUGUUGCAUCUAUGUUUUGGGUUGUUCUCACCUUUGCCUGUGCGGUCACAAGCUGAUCAGACUCUGGCCCUUAAAGUGGGCUGCCGGGCUAGACAGGCUGGAGGGCACAGAGAGGGAGGGAUCUGCAGCCAUCAAGGGGAGGCUGCAUGGGGCUGGGGAUGUGGCUCAAGCGGUAGCACGUCCGCCUGGCAUGCGUGCGGCCCAGGUUCGAUCCUCAGCACCACAUACAAACAAAGAUGUUGUGUCUGCCAAAAAAAACUAAAAUAAAGAGAGAGAGAGUUU